AUGUCUUGCGAAGCGCCCAUGGAAACAACAUCUUUCGCAGAGAUGCAAAGGUCCGUACAGGUUAUUGGAGAGGGCCAAAUGUCAGGGGGAUGCAGAGAAGUCAGCCUGGUUCAUUUUACACCCGAUGACCCAGACAAUCCAUACAACUGGUCCAAGGCUCGAAAAGUCGUCAUCGUUUUCACGGGUAUUCUGACCGUCAUCAACAGCACGCUCAACUCAUCUCUACCUUCCAAUGCAAUAUCGUUCAUCGCACCAGAUUUCGGCAUCAGUACGACUGGCGGAAACCCCCAACUCGUCCUACCCAUAUCCAUCUAUCUCGUCGGCUAUGUGCUCGGCCCCUUGUUAUUUGGUCCUCUAUCCGAAGUCUACGGCCGUCGAGUACCCAUCCUUCUCACCUAUGCCGGCUACACAGCCUUUACUCUUGGCACCGCGCUGUCCCCGAACUGGGCGGCCCUGAUUGUCUUUCGAUUGUUGGCUGGAAUCUGCGCGAGUGCUCCACUGACCAUUGUCGGCGGCAUGUUUGCGGAUAUAUACGACGACCCCGUCACCAGAGGAAGGGCCAUAGCUUUCUUCAUGGCGACCAUCACAACCGCCCCGUCCGUGGCUCCCGCUAUUUCUGGGUCACUUUCCGAGAACUACUCUUGGCGCUGGACAUUCUGGGCAGCGGUAAUUAUUGCGGCUGCAUCAUGGAUACCGCUUGUCUUCCUGCCUGAAACAUUUGGGCCGGUAAUUCUCAAGAAGCGAGCAAGAAAGAUGAGAAAAAACAUGUCCGAGAAAGGCCAGGCUCCGGUUCAGUCGUAUGCUCCAAUCGAGCUGGAAGUCAAGGACUGGCGCCAUGUUGUCGGGGUUGUCUUGGCACGUCCACUUCGAAUGAUGGUGACAGAACCUAUUGUCAUUGCCGUCUGCUUCUACCUGGCGAUUAUUUACGCCAUCUUCUACAUGUUCUUCCAAGCCUAUCCCAUUGUGUUCAAGGGUAUCUAUGGCAUGUCUGCAAGCACGUCUGGUCUCAUGUUCUUGCCUAUCAGUGCCGGAACCUGUGCAGCACUGCUUCUCUUCUUCCUCUAUGACGCCUUCCUCCAGCGUAGUCGACUCAAGGGAAAGCCGUGGACGCAGCGCGAGGAGAGUAGGCGUCUUCCUUUGGCUUGCAUCGGCGGACCUCUUCUGGCUAUAUCCCUUCUCUGGAUGGGUUGGUCAGCACGCGAAGACGUCCACUGGCUUGUGCCCUGCUUGGCGGGCGCUCCAUUCGGAUUAGGAAAUCUCCUCAUCUUCAUGGCAUUUCUUAAUUACCUUGCUGAUGCCUACAAGGUAUUUGCAGCUUCCGCUCUUGCGGCAUCUGCCUGCACGCGCAGUGUUUUUGGGGCAGUCUUGCCACUGGCAACAACUUCGAUGUACGAUAACUUGGGGGUGGGAUGGGCCUCAACGCUUCUGGCCUUUGUUAGUCUUGCGAUGUCCGCCCUUCCAUUCAUCUUCAUUCGCUAUGGCGAGGUGAUUCGCUCAAACAGCACUUUCUGCCAGAUGCUGAAGGAGAAGGAGGCAAAAGAUCAUGAAGUCUCUGAAAGUUCCUGA